AUGGCAGAGUGCGAGGAGCGGCAGCUGACGUCGGGGCACAUGACGACGCUGGCGGCGCUGGUGGCGGCCGUGCCCCACCUGCAGUGGGGGUGCGUGGCGGCCGUGCUGCGCGAGGGGCCGCUCUCGCUGGGGGCGCUGGCGGCCGCGGCGGCCCACGCGCUGCUGGCGCCGCGCCACCCCGCGCUCAAGCUGCUGGCCUUCGCGCUGCUCAACGCCCUCGCCGAGCGGAGGCUCCUCGCCGACGCCGAGCUGCUGUCGCAGUGGAGCGCGAAGCAGGAGCAGGGGCAGGAGGGGGAGGGGGACGAGGAGGAGGGCGCGGACGGGGCCGGGGGGGAGGGGGAGGGCGAGAGCGAGACGGAGGGCGCCGCGCCCCCGCCCCUCUCGCUCACAAUCUUCGAGGAGCCCCUCCAGCAUCUGCAGGAGCUCGCCGACGCCGCACUCUCCGGAAUCAGCGCGUGCGAGGAGUCGUGCGAGCUGGUGCCGCUGUCGGACAGCCACCUGGUGGCGCUGGGCUAUCUGAUGCUCUCCGUGGCCGUCUACGAGCAGUGCGACCUGGCGCGAGGCGACCUGGUGCACCACUACAUCGAGCACUUCAGGAAGCACAAAUACGCGGACUAUCUGAUGUCGAUAAGCCUGCGCCUGCUGCCGGCCAAGAUGCUGGAGUACGCUCUGGACGACACGGGCAGCACCCCGGUGCCCGCCGAGUACGCACAGCAUUUCGUCACCACGCCCAACAUCACCGUUGAAGGCGCGUGCGUGGCGUCGAGCGCGGGCGCGCUGGCGAUGCGCGCGCUGUGGGCGGCGGUGGCGGGGCCGGGCGCGAGCGGCGCGCGCGGCUGGUGGGGCGCGCUGGGCGCGCGCAGGGCCAGGGCCGCGCGCCGCCUCGCGCAGGCCUUCGUCGCGCGCCCGCUCACGGCGCGCCACUUCGCGCACCUGCAGCGCCGCAGGCACCUGCUGCCCGACGCGCAGGUGGCGGUGGCGCGCUCGGGGCCGGUGGGCGAGGCGCGCUGCGCCAUCCAGGUGGAGGAGCGCACGCUGGAGCUGUGCGUGGUGUUCUCCGAGGCGCACCCGCUGGUGGCGCCGCGCGCGCUACCGCCCGCGCACCCCGCCGCGCCCGAGACGCACUGGCUCAACGUCUACCUCGCCUACCAGAACGGCAGCCUGGUGAACGCGUUCAAGAUGUGGAUCCGCGCGGUGCACGCGCGCAUCGAGAGCGCGCCGCAGUGCUACAUCUGCUACUGCCGGCUGCACCCGGCCAGCGGCAAGCUGCCCACCGUGCUCUGCCACCAGUGCCGCAACAAGUACCACCCGCCGUGCCUGCGCAAGUGGUUCGCCGCCAGCAACAAGUCCAACUGCCCGCUGUGCCGCUCGAGCUUC